AUGGCGACAGCUGAAUCAUUAGCCAGUCUCGAACUGUUCGAUGCCCUAGAAAUCGAAUACGAGCACGCGUACAAGACCUGCCCCUCCAAAAUCGCAGUCGUGAAGAAAGCAAUGUCGCUGAUGCCACCAGGUUCGAUGGCACUGGACAUUGGCUGCGGAACCGGCUCACCGGUAACGGAACUCCUCCACGAGCACUUCCAAGUCGUGGGCCUGGACAUCUCCCCCAAAAUGGUAGAACACACGCGACGGAGAUUCCGUGGAACGUUCCUCGUCGCCGACAUGCUCGAAUACCAGCCCCAGGGCACAUUCUCGGCCGUCUUCGUCCUCUUCUCCCAGCUGAUGCUCCCCUAUUCGGAUUUCCACAGCGCGGCAUAUCGCUUCGCGAAUGCGCUGGAGCCUGGUGGAUUGUUUGUUCUCGGCCAGAUGCCGAGCGACGGAUAUGUCGCAGACGAGGCGGCGUAUGACGAGACGAAAUCGUAUGUGGAGGCGUACGAUGCGCCGUUCAUGGGCCGGCCAUUCCCCACACUCAUGCUGAGUCUCGAAGGCCAGAGGGAAUUCCUGCGAUCCAUGGGCUUGGAGAUUGUGUACGAGACGGUGGAUCUGUUCCAGCCGGAUAAUCCGAAGUGUGCGCCUGAAGAGCAGCAAUAUCUCAUUGCGAGGCGUGCGCUGGAGCAGACGGGCGAGUUGUCGCCUCCUCGUCCAAUGCCUCGGACACUAUAA